AUGCCAGUUGAUUCUAUGCACAGUCGUAUUGAGACACAAAAGCAACGUACAUUGAAAAGUGGUCCAGUGUAUAUUCCAGCACAGUGGGUUUCAAUAAUUAAAUUGGCUAAAAAAAAUGGAAAACCGUAUACUACAACUGAAAUGGAUACAAAAGAUUUCUUCGACCUAUCUAUUUUAUGUAAUGAACUUGGAACAAAUUUUAAUGUUAAUGAGCAAGGAGAAAAAUUUUUGAUGGGUGACAUUGUAGAAGUGAAUGUUAAAAAAGAAAAACCAUUUAUUGUACAUUAUAAGACAGAUUUUUCCUACCUGAUUAUAAAACAAUUGAUAUACGAAGUUACAGUAAACGGAAUAAAUCUUACCCUGAAAAAAGUACCAUAA